ACACGCAGCCUACGUCACGGCAGAGUUUACCCAAUCGCAUCUGAAUGACUCCCACUACUUUCUGCGCCACAUUCUCAAACUUUUGACUUUUGCAGCAAACGACAGCCGGCUGAUGAAAAUGUUUUAUUAUCCUCAAGAUCUUCAUGUGCACCACCAAGAAAGGCUGUCUUUUUAUUUAAAGAUAUAAAAGCGUUGAACAAUAACGUCCGCUGCGCUAAAGCGGUGCUCUCAAGUGACUGGAGAGGUUGUGGAUCCACUUCAUUAGAAUGCCAUAUCUUCAAGAUCUGCAAGAUUGAAGUGCAAGUAUCGGGAUUCUUUACCUACUGGGAUGCCUAUGAAGCUUGGCUCUUGAUACACUUGGAACUCAAUAUCAAGAUUUACUUACCAGAUUGUUGUAACAAAAACUGGAUUUGUUUCCUUUUCCCUUUUUGUUAUAGCCCGGUUUCUUUUGACAUUUAGGUGCUUCGCGUGUGUUUUCAGAGCCUCAGUCUAGCACAAUUUACUCGCAACGUUAGAUCAGAGUUUUAGAACUUGUUUGGGAAGUUGUGAUUUUUAAAGGAUCUAUUUCGAUUCCCUUCCCGAUUGAAAUAUUCUUGGUAAUGUUAGCGGUGGGGCAGAUGGACGGGUCUCGCCAGAGUGCUUUCCUCCUCAGUACCCCGCCACUAGCUGCUCUGCAUAGUAUGACCGAAAUGAAGACGCCUCUCUAUUCAGCUUACCCGCUAUCUUGCAAUGGGCCUGCAUCAUCCACUUCUCCGACAGCUACCUCUCCAAAUCCUGGCGGUAUUCCUGUAUGUUCUCCGGGAAUUAAAACAUCGUCUGGAUUUUGCUCUAUCGGAUCGCCUCAUCACUGUUCGCCUGCCACCCCUCACGGAAUAAACGACAUCCUGAGCCGCCCCUCACUUCUCGCCGCCAAUGCUGCUGCCGCUGCCGUGGCUGCAUCAUCUUCUGCUGGAAUUCUGUCCGGACUGCCCCGCUUCAGCAGCCUGAGCCCUCAACCUCCGCACGGCCUGUACUUCAGUCCAGGCGCCGCGGCAGUGGCUGUGGCUCGCUACCCGAAGCCUCUGACAGACCUCCCUGGGAGGACCCCGAUCUUUUGGCCCGGAGUCAUGCAAAGCCCUCACUGGAGAGACGCCAGGUUCGCCUGUUCACCUCAUCAGAAUUCCGUUCUGUUGGAUAAAGAUGGAAAGAGGAAGCAUACACGCCCUACGUUUUCAGGACAGCAGAUUUUUGCCCUGGAAAAGACUUUUGAGCAAACAAAAUACCUAGCAGGUCCAGAGAGAGCACGCCUGGCCUACUCUUUGGGAAUGACAGAGAGCCAAGUGAAGGUAUGGUUCCAGAAUCGCAGAACGAAGUGGAGGAAAAAGCAUGCCGCUGAGAUGGCUUCAGCCAAAAAGAAGCAAGACUCUGAGACAGAGAGGCUGAAAGGUGCCUCAGAGAAUGAAGAUGACGAUGACGACUACAACAAACCUCUAGAUCCCAACUCAGACGACGAGAAAAUAACGCAGCUACUGAAAAAACAUAAACCAAACUCUGCCCUCCUUAUCCACACCUCGGAGAACGAGAGUUCUUAGAGGGUGACGAUGGCGCAGUUUAGUCUUUUUUUAAAUGAGGAUUUGUGUGAUGCACUGAUUUGAGUAGGGUCCCAUUUUACACCACGUAUAAAAUUCCAUUUGCACAUGGGACGGAGACCGGCUCAGAGGAAUAUGCAUUGUUUUUACAUGCCGAGGAGUGUUGGCUGCACUCUGAAUGCGAUGUUGUACAGACGUUUCAACGCGAAGAAGACACUUGUUCUUGUAAAUACCAACGUGAGUUGUACUGAAUAGAAAUUAUAUUACUGUGAAUAUUUAUGUGUAAAAUACCAUUUUUGUACAGAAUACAUCUGAGUCUAUUCAUCUCUGCCAUUUAAAAUACGUUUUGGGAUUUGUAAUUUGUAUUAAUGUUCACUUGGUUUUUUUUUCCUUCUAAGAGGGUUUUUAAAGAUAUUGUCCACGUUUUAAAAUAAUACCCUCAACAUUGUAACAACAGAUUGGGAAAACCGGCGUUUGUUCACUAUAUUAAUUUUCAUCUGACGGCUAGUUUGCAGAAGGUCACGAAUUUGACGUGUACAUAAAUAGGUGAGAAAUGAGAAACAACGUGUAACAAGUAAAAUAUAUUUGUAAUAUAAAUGCAUUCGUCGCCCACUGUUAUGAAUUUUCUUUUC